GCCCGCUCGACGCGCCCAGUUCCAAGGUUUUUAACAGCGGUAGUAUCAACGGACAUGACAAAGUUCCCAAAUCCAGGACUACUGAGGUUGUGGAGAGAUGGACUGAGGGUUGUGUGAGUGAGUGACGUGUAAUUCAGAGUGAAAAGACAGAGACGUGACAGUCCCGCGUCCCAUUGUGACAUAGUUACGCUGCUCUGAGACCACUGUCUGCGGGGGGAACACACAGCCAUAACGGGUACCUCCCCAACAUUCCCAACCAAUGCGGCUCUGAGACCAGUCUGCAGGGGGGAACACACAGCCAUAACGGGUACCACCCCAACAUUCCCAACCAACGCGGCUCAACAUACGCGUCCCUCUAUUGAUUUGAAUGUGUUGACAGUUGGAGAAAUAGCUUGAGCCGCAUUGAGAAUUAGAAAAGUUGAGUAACCUGCAGUAACAGACAUGCCCAAACCUGAUCUACUGUGUUUGGUUCAACUACUGGACAACACUAUCCAGACCUUUACAGUCAACAAGCAGGAUGCAGGUGAGGUUUUGCUGGAGCAGGUGUGUAACCAGCUGGGUCUGCUGGAGAGACACUUCUUCAGUCUGCAGCUACGAGACUCCAACACCACCAUCGUCACUCAAACACACUCUCCUAGGUGGCUGGAGGCCAACAAACCACUGAAGAAGCAGCUGAAAGGAGUUGUCUCUCCAUUCUACCUGACCCUCCGAGUCCGAUUCUUCAUCUCAGACCCCAACUCUCUACAGCAUGACCAGACCAGACAUAUGUACUUCCUCCAGAUCAGGAGUGACAUCAGAGAGGGCAGGUUGAAGUGUCCUCUGAGUGCAGCUGUAGUACUGGCCUCCUAUGCUGUGCAGUCUGAGCUAGGUGACUACUCCCCAGACCUUCUCCCUGGUUACCUGUCCAAAAGCCACUUCCUCCCGGAGCAGGAUGAUGACUUCCUGUCUAGAGUGGAGGCUCUGUACCCAGGGCACAGGGGGCUGAAGCAGAGUGAGGCAGAGCUGUGUUUUCUCAACACAGCAAGAACUCUGGAGAUGUAUGGAGUGGAGCUACACACUGCCAUGGACUCUGACAGUUCCCCUCUAUUGGUGGGAUUGGCCUCAGGGGGCGUGGCUAUCUUCUGUAACAUGAUUUGCUCCAGUUUCUUCCCCUGGGUGAACAUCAUCAAGAUAUCCUUCAAGAGGAAACGCUUCCUUAUGCAGCUCAGACACAAACAUGGGGAGACGCAGGACUGUGUGGUGAGCCUGGUCCUGCCGUGCCCCAGGGCCUGUAAGAACCUGUGGAGGUCAUGUGUGGACCAUCACUGCUUCUUCUACACCAACCUGGCAACCUGUAGCCCACACCACACCAACCUGGCAACCCAGAUACACAAGCUGCUCCCACAACACUGGGCCUUGGGCAGCACUAAAACAGACAGUGGUCCAGUGUGUAAGAAAGUGAUGGGUGGGAUGGAGUGGAACCCAGCUCUGAGGGGAUCCACCUCGUCAGAACACCUGGAGACCAAGAGCCUACCUUCCCGAUCCCCCCCGCUCACACCCAACUGGCGGAGUCCUCGUGUGCGUCAUGGUGCCCGUAAACCCCGCCCCUCCUCAGUGGAGCUAAACAAUGACCUGCGAGAUGUGUCGGAGGGGGAGGAUGUCUUUUACACCUACAGGGUCUCCCUCAGCAGCCAGGAGGGCACGCCUACACACAGUUUUUCUGGCACUCACAGCCAAGGAGGUGGAUGGUCGCAGGUUGAUGACAUCGGCACAGGAGAGGAAGACAUUAAGGCCACCUCUCACUACCGGGACAAGCGUGCUCUUGGUGAUGGCGACCUGCUAUUGGUGCGUCUCGCUCCUGAUCACGAUGGAAAGUUUGGUUUCAAUGUCAAAGGUGGCGUGGACCAGAAGAUGUCCCUGGCCAUAUCCCAGGUCAACCCUGACUCCCCUGCGGGGCGGGUUGAGCCAAGGUUGUUGGAAGGUGACCAGGUCGUGCUGAUCAACGGUCGCGACAUCUCUGAACACACGCAUGACCAGGUGGUCAUGUUUAUAAGAGCCAGCAGAGAGUCCCACUCCAGAGAACUGGCUCUGCUUAUACGACGCAAAGGUCCAGGGCGUGUGGCCCCCCUGCUGCAGUUUCCCUCUGCCCUGUCUCUGACUGGCCAAUCACACGGUGAUCCACUGCUUCUGCCUGGCCAAUCAGAACAAGGCCAGACACUUGAAGAGUCCAUGAAACAACUGGAGAGGGGAAUCCAGACAGGCACUCUCACCUUCCACUUCGAGAACCUGUACAUGAGGAAGCCUGGCCUGUCAGUAGCCUGCGCUCGUCUCCCUGAGAACACAGACAAGAACAGAUACAAGGACGUGCUGCCCUAUGACAUCUCCAGAGUGGUACUUCAGUACCAAGAGGACUACAUCAAUGCAAGCCACAUCACGGUGAUGCCCCCAGGGUCUGGUGUGUGUCUGCGGUACAUUGCAGCUCAAGGACCGCUGCCUCAGACCUGCACUCACUUCUGGCAGAGUGUGUGGGAGCAACACACACACACCAUCAUCAUGCUCACCACACUCACCGAGAGAGGACGGACUAAGUGCCACCAGUACUGGCCACACCCUCCUGAAGUGAGGGAUUAUGGGUACCUGAGAGUCAGCUGCCACUCUGAGGAAUGCAACCUGGCCUACGUCACACGCCAAUUCACCCUCACACACACACAGCUGGGAGAGGAGCGUUCUGUGACCCACCUGCAGUAUGUAGCAUGGCCAGACCAUGGUGUACCUGAUGACCCCUCAGACUUCCUGCUGUUCAUCACCUCUGUUAGAGAGAAGAGGACAGGAGACACACCACUUAUGGUGCACUGCAGCGCAGGGAUUGGGCGUACAGGUGUUCUCAUUACCAUGGAGACGGCGUUGUCACUGUUGGAGAGCGGUCGACCUGUGUUCCCUCUGGACAUCAUCAGGACGCUCCGAGACCAGAGGGCCAUGAUGAUCCAGACCACGUGUCAGUUCCAGUUUUUGUGUGAGGCCAUCCUGCGUGUCUACAGAGAGAGAGAAGAGAGUAUUCUGCAGCACCACCCUCAGCACUGCUAAUGGACCAUUAACAGGAGGAUGGGGGGACAGCUAGCCACAGCACUAGGCUAACAGGAGGAUGGGGGGGGACAGCUAG